ACUUCUCCGCGUGCGGCGCGCUCCUUCAAUUGAUAAUAACAUUGUACUCCCGCCGACAAGCUUCUUUAUCCUAACAACUGCAGUGUCAGUACGGGAGAGGUCGUCGUCAUGGAGUACCUGUCGAAGUAUACAGCUUGUUUAUCCAACUGGGGGCUCAACCUUGAGCCCGGUCUGCAGACUGUGGGCGCUGCGGUCCUGCUUACGACGGGGAGCUUGUUUAUUGCUUCGCGAGUUUUGACUUUUAUCAGAGUGCUCUUGAGUUUGUUUGUGCUUCCAGGGAAGCCGCUCCGCUCGUUCGGCCCCAAGGGUAGCUGGGCAGUGGUUACAGGUGCCUCGGAUGGAUUAGGCAAGGAGUUUUCUCUACAGCUCGCUCGCGCCGGCUUCAACAUUGUGCUUGUGUCCCGGACUGCCUCGAAGCUCGCCACAUUGGCCGAGGAGAUCACUACCAAACACUCCGUGCAGACCAAGACGCUGGCAAUGAACUUUGCUGCCAACGACGACGCCGACUACGAGGAAUUCAAGGCGAUAGUAGAUGAACUGGACGUCGCGGUCCUGAUCAACAACGUCGGCAAGAGCCAUGACAUCCCUACCCCGUUCGCACUGACCCCCGAGGACGAGAUGACGGAUAUUGUGACCAUCAACUGCCUGGGCACCCUGCGCGCUACACAAUUGAUCAUCCCCGGCAUGAUGCAGCGGAAGCGCGGUCUCGUGCUGACGAUGGGCUCGUUCGGCGGUCUGCUCCCCACCCCUCUACUGGCUACGUACUCUGGCAGCAAGGCCUUCCUGCAGCAGUGGUCGACGUCCCUUGGCUCCGAGCUCGAGCCGUACGGCAUCACGGUCGAGCUGGUGCAGGCGUACCUUAUCACCUCUGCCAUGUCGAAAGUGCGCCGGACCAGCGCCACGAUCCCGGACCCGCGGGCCUUUGUCAAGGCUGUGCUGUCCAAGAUUGGUCGCAAUGGAGGGUCUCCGGGCUAUGCGUACAGCUCUUCGCCAUACUGGAGUCAUGGUCUGAUGGCCUGGUUCUUGACCUGUGUGAUGCAGCCGAUGGGCAAGUUGGUUGUCGGCCAGAACAAGUCCAUGCACGAGGCCAUUCGGAAGCGUGCUUUGCGUAAGGCGGAGCGGGAGAAGGGGAAGAAGAGUACUUAGCUGGGCGGGGGCCAUGGGUUAGCUUUCAGGCUGUAUGUACCCUGGCUAAGACAUCUAAUGUUGGAGACUGCAUGUGGAUUAGAUCCAAUGUUGGAGGACAUAGUGACGAAGACUGAUAAGACUAUCAACAAGGAUGAAUAACGAAAAGAUUUUGUUAGAGUACGCUCCACUAUCUAGAUUCUGUAUGGAACAGCCG